GUGAUCAGGAUGACUGGUUUCAUGAAGGGACUCUACACAGAUGCUGAGAUGAAGUCCGAUAAUGUCAAGGAUAAAGAUGCAAAAAUCAGCUUCCUGCAGAAGGCCAUAGACGUGGUCGUGAUAGUCUCAGGAGAGCCUCUGUUGGCCAAACCAGCGCGAAUCGUGGCCGGGCAUGAGCCCGAGAGGACAAAUGAGCUGCUGCAGAUGAUGGGAAGGUGCUGUCUUAACAAGCUCUCUAGCGAUGAUGCGGUGAAGCGGGUUUUAGCCGGGGAGAAGGGGGACGCGAGAGGAAGGGCUGUGCGGACCUCGAAGUCUCAUGAGCUGGACAAUAAGAACGCCAGGGAAGAGGCGUCCAGGACGCGAAAAGACAAAGAGGGUAGAAGAAACUCUGAAGUAAAGGAGAGAAGUACAAGUAGAGAUGAAAAACAGAAAGAAGAAGCGAAGGAAGAGAGCAAACCCAGGGAGAGAGAAAGGGACAAGGAGAAGAAGAAGGAGAGCGACAGAGAGCGACACAGAGAGCCUGACAGGGACAAGCACAGAGAAGGGGAGCGGGACAGAGCCAGAAACCGGGCCAGGCCCGAGAGGGAGCGGGACAGAGACGGAGGCCCCAAGGACAAGGACCGGGACCGGGACCGGGACCGGGACCGGGACCGGGAGGCCGGGCAGGAGAAGGAGCGGGAGAGGAGGAGUGAGGGCGGCCGGGAGAAGGACGGCGACCGGGACGGGGAGCGCGACCGGGACAAGGCGAGGGACCAGGAGCGCCAGAGAGCCCGGGACAGAGACAGGCCGCUUCCCAGGGACUCCGACAGGGAGAAGAGCCAGGAGCAGGACCGGCCGGGGAAGAAGUCAGCAAGUUCUGGGGAGAUGUCUAAGAAGCUUUCGGAUGGACCUGUCAAAGACUCCAAAGCGGAAACAGAGGUGGAGGUUUCCAGCAGAGCAUCCCGGUCAUUGGCAUCAAAAACUUCAAAGCAGCGAUCUAGAAACUCAGUGGAAGGAAGGAAGGAGGAUAAUGUUUCAGCUAAAAUUUUAAACUCCGUAGUGUCUGGAUUAAAUAAAGAACCCGAUCAGGAAAACGCAACUUCAGAAAUAGGUGACUCAGCCAGUGAUGCAGAAGGAGAAGCUGGACCUGGGCCUCCUGCCGCAGAGAAGUCAGAGGCAUCAGAGAACCCUGAAGCCCCCAAGGAGCUUCCGUCCAGUGCCAGAAGACUCCCUCGGCCGGGCAGUGCAAGGCCAGCGCCUCCCCGGGUCAAGCGACAGGAGAGCACGGAGGUGUUAACAGCAGACAGGACAGGGAGUGGGAAAACCGUCUCCAACGUGAUCAGAGACUCACAGAUUUCCGACAAUGAGGAGGAUGAGCAUUUUGUGGUGGAAGCUGCCCCUCCACUCACUGAAAUGUCAGAAAUUGAAAUGGUGCCAGCAGCAGAGCUGGAGGGUGACGAGAAGCACGGUGGACUUGUGAAAAAAAUUUUGGAGACCAAGAAAGAUUAUGAGAAACUGCAGCAGGCCCCCAGAGCUGGAGAGAAGGAGAAGUCGCUCGUCUUCGAGUCAGCGUGGAAGAAGGAGAAGGACAUAGUUUGCAAGGAGAUCGAGAAGCUGCGCGCGUCCAUCCAGACCCUGUGCAAGAGCACGCUGCCCCUGGGGAAGAUCAUGGACUACCUGCAGGAGGACGUGGACGCCAUGCGGCACGAGCUGCAGCUGUGGCACAGCGAGAACAGGCAGCAUGCCGAGGCGCUGCGGAAGGAGCAGAGCAUCACGGACAGUGCUGUGGAGCCCCUGAAGGCGGAGCUGGCCGAGCUGGAGCAGCAGGUCAAAGACCAGCAGGACAAGAUCUGUGCCGUGAAGGCCAACAUCCUGAGGAACGAGCAGAAGAUUCAGAAAAUGGUGUACAGCAUCAGUGUGACGUCGCGGAGGUGAACACUCGGACAGCCGGUGCCCACCGGCAUGAGCCUGAGCGGGUGACGGGAGGCGAUGCUAAUCUGACGUCGCGGAGGUGAACACUCUGACGGCUGGUGCCCACCGGCAUGAGCCUGAGCGGGUGACAAGAGGCGAUGCUAGGCAGGGGAAGCGUAUUAAAGACCAUGUUUUCUUACUUCCUUCGGGCUGGGGUCCUUGCUCAUCACAGACAGCCUGUUCUUACCCGUCCCUGUCCCCAUCCCGGUCCUUGGGCCGUUCCUGCCGCAGCCGGUGUGCCCUGGGCCGUUCCCUCCCGGGGAGCGGGGGACUCAGAAGAGGACUCUGCCAAGCAGAAGAGGACUGUGGGGUGGGUGGGAAUUUCACAGGUGGAGCGGGGCCUGAGAUGGUUACACUGGACCCUUAAUUUCAGUGUGAAGGAGGUCCCUUUCAGCCGUAAAUGCUGUGCUUCUCCUCUAGCUGCACGGACUUGCCUGGCGGGUGCCGCCGUCUCCCGCCUGUGCUUCCAGGUCUCACAGUUCACAGAUGGACAGUGGAGGUUUCCCUGUGGCCUUCCUGGGAGAUGCUGAUGUGCAGCUAUCACAAGCUCUUUCCUCACUUUCAGCACCGCGCCUGGGGUCCCCGGGUCCACACCAGCAGAGCCCCCAAAGUCUCUGAGAAGAGGAUCUCGCUGUCCAGGCAGCGCUUUGCACAGGUGUUCCCGCAGGUAGCUCAGGGAAAGCCACCUGAGGAGAUGGAAGAGGAGGCGCUGGAUGACAUUUUUUGAUGUAACCCAUUUUUUUUGAAAACGUUUUUUAAAGCAAAGCUUUUUUAAAGAAACAUGGUUUAUACUCAGUUUUUCACUUACAUAUAAUAUUGUAAAUAGCUAUGAAAGUCUUAAGUUAUUGUGUAAAGGAUUUCACUGUGUUAGGAGACACACUUAGGGGUCUUUAGGUCUGGGUCCUAGCCCUUCUCUUCUGGCUGCCAUAUUUAUGACUGGGAACUAAGGCGCACCAUGCGAAGUGUGAGCUUCUAGAGCGUUAGCACAAAUGGCUCAGUUUGGUUUUUCUUGCUGUGUUCCCGAAAUAAACCCUUUAGUGAGGAAGCGUAGAGUCUUCUAAACGGAUAAAGGCAGGAGCACCGUCGAGAGCUGUUGUUUGGAGACAUCGGUGUUUUCUUUUUCCUUUCUGUAAGCACCAUACAUUUCUGUCUGAUCCGAUUACACUGAUAUGGCUUGGGCUGGGGCAGGAUUGUUAGCUAACUAGUCCUUCUCAUCUUUAUAGUUCUUUUCUGCCGAAUUGAACGACUUAGCCAUAACCCUGAAGUGGACCCUGUUUUGCCUCAAGUUGAGAUACAUGCCUUUUAUGAAUUUGUAUAUAUGAAUACAUUUCUUGUUUUGGAAAAUUGCACAUAUUGUAUGUGAGUAAAAUUUUGUAUGAAGUAGCCUAUCAAA